GUAACGAGGUUCUAUCGGAAAAUAUUAUUCCAGAUAGUAAUCACGAUAUGAAAUCUGGCACAAUGCACAACGAGGAUUCAGGAACUAAAACAACGACGACGUUAGAAAAUGUGUCUAAUGAAAUGGUAAAUAUUGUUGACAAUAACAUUAACAAGACUGUGGAGGGAUGUGAAAUGUUCGAAAAAGAGGUUCACGAACUUGGUGUGACGGAGCCUAACAUGACAGAUAUUGAAGGAGCAGCCAUUGUGGAAAAGAGUAAGCAAGAAGAGGAAGACAUGGAGUGUUACUUACGUCCAGUUAAAACACGUAGAUUUAAAAAAGGUACAAUAUGCUUCUUCGGAAAAAAGAAUAAUUCUGGCACGAUAACUACAGAUAAUGGGCAAUGUUAUAAGUUCUAUAGAGAAGAUUUAAAUUUAGGUUUCGAUCGACCUUUUAAAUAUCCACAAAAAGUGAAAUUUGUUGUUGAUGAUUCACAGCCCAAAUGGGCCUAUGAUGUAGAAAUAAUUGGAGACCCUUAUGUUCGAAGGUGCUGUUAUUGUUUAAAAGAUGAUCAUGUUGGUUUAGAAGACUGUAUGAAGUUACAGAUAGACUCUUAUAAUUUUUACUAUCCUUAUUUAUAACAUAACAGUACAAAACCAGCAGUUUGUAUUAUUUAUUCUGUUAAUGUUUCAAUUGAAUUUAUAAGUGCUUUAAAUUAUUAAUAAAAGU